GUGGGAACCUGAUGUGGCAGAGGGGCCGCUGCUGCCAACAGGGAGCGGAGCGCCCGCGAGCCGAGUGCUGGAGACACUGCCGCCAUCCUGUUUGCCUGUCCAGCAGCCCACUUGACACUCUCCUCUCCUAAGGAUCCUCCCUCUCAGCUCUUGCAAGCACCUGGCUCGUCGUCUGCUGGUCCUCCUUUGACACAGGCUCACCGCGGAGGCAGCAGCGAGGCAUGAAGACCCCGCUUGGAAAAGCAGCUGCAGGGCAGCGGUCCAGGACAGGCGCAGGACAUGCCAGUGUGUCUGUGACCGUGAUGAAGAGAAAGGCUGCACACAAGAAGCAUAGAAGCAGACCCACCUCCCAGCAUCGGAGGAACAUCGUGGGCUGCAGAAUUCGGCACGGAUGGAAAGAUGGGGAUGAACCUCUAACACAGUGGAAGGGAACCGUUCUGGAUCAGGUACCUGUAAAUCCCUCUCUGUAUCUUAUCAAAUAUGAUGGAUUUGACUGUGUUUAUGGAUUGGAACUUCACAGAGAUGAAAGAGUGUCAUCACUUGAAAUCCUUCCUAAUAGAGUUGCAUCAUCUAGAAUCAGUGAUACACACUUGAUAGAAAUUAUGAUUGGCAAAGCAGUGGAACAUAUUUUUGAGACAGAGGAAGGUUCCAAAAAUGAAUGGAGGGGGAUGGUCUUAGCUCAGGCACCUGUCAUGAACACAUGGUUUUACAUUACCUAUGAGAAAGAUCCUGUAUUAUAUAUGUACCAGCUCUUAGAUGAUUAUAAAGAUGGUGACCUACACAUCCUUCCAGAUUCCAAUGAUUCUCCUCUCGCAGAGAGGGAGCCAGGAGAAGUCAUAGACAGCCUAGUAGGCAAACAGGUGGAAUAUGCCAAGGAGGAUGGCUCCAAGAGAACUGGCAUGGUCAUUCAUCAGGUGGAAGCAAAACCCUCUGUGUACUUCAUCAAAUUUGAUGAUGAUUUCCAUAUCUAUGUCUAUGAUUUGGUAAAAACAUCUUAGGGGUCAUUUUGAAAUUUGCCAAAUAUGUGAGACUGUUUGUAAAAUCUGAACACACAAGAAGUCUGGAUUGCUUUACAGUUUGUAAGAACCAUAUUCUCCCCCUUUUUCACACUUUUGCCUGGCAAAAAAUUGGAACUUCCACCCUCUCAGACAUUUUUUGAAGAAACCUUUUGCCUUUAUCUCCAACCGUUUUACCGGUUCCUCCCCACAGAAGAAUGAUUGACUUAGCUAAUUAGUGAGAGGGGUAAAGUCUGACAUCCAUUGGCCCAUAUUUUUAUCUUGGGUGGUGUUAAUAGGCUAAAGGUAGCUGAACACCUCUUGCCUCAUUCUUUUGGGCAUUUGGACAAUCUGCACUCACUGAAGUGUGAAGCUUCCUGAGAUAUGCAAUGUGGCUGGCUGGAUAAAUUUCUUUGCAAUUCAACCCUCCCCUUAGGGCUGGCUGGGUUAGUGUCUUUGCAAUUCAACCCCUCCCCUUCAAAAGUCUAAUAUGGGGAGGAAUGGGAAGCUUAUUUUGGUCUUCUGUCUAAGUUACAUUUUAAAUUCUAACUAUACUGAAAGUAAGGCUAAUAUUUUGUUCCAUUUCUGAUUCUUGUACCUAUUAUUAACUUGGUUUGGAAAUCAAGAGGGUAAUUAUUUUGCACUUUAGUACAUAAGCAUAGGCUGAGAAACCUUACAAAAUUGUUAAGAGGGCAAGCAUUUGGGAACCAAACCGCAAGUGGAGAAAUCACGGUUGGUCAUUAAUGACAUUAGGAUUUCUAUUGUCUACAAUAGCUCUGGCUGGUACCUGCAGACAAGGAGUGGGUUUUUACAGACAAAGCCUGUGCAGGCAGACUUUAGCACAAUUGGGCUUUGCCAGCCCAAUAGAGCAUUAGGCCGGGCUGUAGCUCUAGUCCUCAGUCACAGGAUAAAGGCCAGGUUUGGCAAGGGUUGGCAGAUCUGUCUAGGACCUCAAUAUAAAGGAGCAAAAAUCUGGAAUCAGGCUGAGAUACAGAUUUCUUUCCUAUACCAAGAGGGAUGCUUUGAAAAAUUUUAAAUUAGGUUUUCAUUUGAUUCUUAGAAGACUUCUGAGUCCCAGCAUAUGAGGUGGGCAAUGCACUUGCUAGAACUAAGAAAAGCUGAAAAUAGGCUUUGCUUCCUUGUAGGAACUGGUGAGCUCAUUUAUUCUGGUGUCCUAAUAGGACUGGGGAACACAGAGAUUAGAAUCAGUGCUAGAUGAUCAAUAGACUUAAUGAUUUUCUAAGUGCUUAAUAAUGUUUUUAAUGCUGUCAUUUGUAGAUAGAAAUCUAAUAGAUAUUUGUUAGUGUUUUGUUUUUCAACUUUAUCCUGUUUCUUGGCUGGACCUAAGAAACUCAUGUGCAGAUAAGGAUGAGCCCUAUUUCAGCAGAAAAAUAAGUAAUGGAGUGGGCCUUGUACCUUCCGUUAUUGAAGGCAUUAGUGAAGGUUAACUUUGGAAAGUUAACUAGGAAAGAAAAGGUUGAAAAAUAAGCAGGGUUUUGGAGAGAAGCACCCGGCCAAAGACAAUGCAUUCUCAUUGGGUUUCUGAUAGAAGCUCCAUUAGCAAUAACAGACAGGCCAUGGACUUCUGCAUAUUUGGGGCUGGGACUCAUGCCAGUACAAUCAACCACUUGGGAAAUAUCUUCCAAAUUAGUUUAAGUUCACAGGUCAUGGAGUCCAGACUACUGGCACAGACAGACUGGCAUCCUGCUGAGGAUGAAACCAAGAAAGUGUUCUCUUCUCCCAUGUUUUCUCUGUCUAUAUUUCUUCCUUUUGAUGCCACUAAGUCUCUGCUCAGAUAUUUGACUGACAACAGCAAUGUGGGUCUGUAUUACCCUAUUUACUAAGUCCUGGGGACAUAAAUUUGCUUGAGAUAUCUGUUUUAGAGGCUGAGGAUUAGUGUGCUUGCUAAGUUUUUGGAUGUGAGGCUGACACUGUGAUAAUCUUAUGUCCUGUUGACCCUGUGGACUCUUAAUGUAUGACAUAUAUGUAUGACAUGCAAUUGUGGGGUUAGAUUAAUUCAACUCCUGAAGUUCUGAAGGAACUACACCAAAUCAAGAGAAAGACAGCCCAGGCUACAGCUGAUGAAGGAACCCCAUAUCUGUCCAGACAUCUUUGUGAGAUCUGUAUGGCUGACAUCAGAAAAACCAAGAAAUUGGGGAAGGCAGAAUUUUGGACUUUAAUUCCUUUGGACUUUAAAAUAGAAAUUUAAUUGGGAGAAUUCAUUUUUCCCUUGGAGUUUAAUAGUUGGUGUGAUUUUCAUACAGUUCAAAUUAAGGCAUUUUCAUUAUGUUGUUGAUAUUGUAUUAUUUGUAGUAUUUUAAUGCUAUCUUUAGGGCUUAUUGUAUAAUCUUUUAAGCUAUGUCAGAUAAUGUGGCUGGACAUAAUUAUAAAUUGGGGAUAAAAUAGUGAGUGAAUUUUCAACCUGGGGUGUAAUGUAGCCUUCGAGUUAAUUUAAUUACUGUUUUAGUUUGACUUAUUUCAGAGCCUUCUGGGGCAAAAGCAGAGCUGCUCACCAGUCUUACACAAGAGGGAGCAGGACAUUCCUAAGAUACUGCUGGUCUUCCCCGAAAGGGACAGCCAAGCCCUGUUUGUCUUGGGUGUUGACAAUGUGGACAGAAAUGUCCAAUGGUAUGAUAGGAUCUAUCCUCUGCCUCUCUCCAUGUUCCUGGCCAAGAAACAAAAGGACUUGUGUCUCUCAAAAAUAUUUGGAAGAAAAUUUCUACCCGUCUCCCAAAUGGGAGGAGAAAUAAUUUGGUGAACUUGAGAAAAGGGUUAUUAUGGAUAUGCAACUUAGGGCCCUCUUGGCUCUUGAGCUCAUUUCUCACAGAAAGAUAUGAAAAAGACUACAGUCCUUCACUACAUGGCUGGAUAAACAUCUAAUCUGUAGACGUCUCUCACCCUCUGGGGUGGGGGAUCCAUUACACUUGGGGUAAAAGUUCAUUUCAGGCUUAGGUCCAAAACAUGUUCUCCAGUCCAGACCUAUCAGCAAUAAAGCUGGUAUCUAUUUUUAUUCUUUAAAAAUUUUUAACUUAUAAAUCAUUUUUGGACAAAAACACACACCUCUGGUAAAAAUCAAACAGUACAAAAGGAUAUACAGUAUAAAGAAGUCUCCUUCCUUUUUUCCCACCCCUGACUUCAGCGCCAAUUUCCAAAGAUAACCACUCUUACCAGUUACUAUGUAUUUUUCCGGAGAUAAUCCAUGUAUUUACAAGUAUAUUAUAUAUGUGUGUAUCAGAUUUUUAUACAAAUUGUGGCAUACUACACAUGCUGUUAUGAAUUUUUCUUUUUCAUUUAACAAUAUAUUAAAGCUGGUAUUUUAAUCCCUCUUUGAUUACUGUGUAUAUUUUUUAUUUGGUUCAGAAUCUGUAAGGGAAGGAGGUAUGAUUAAUUCGGACUUCCAUACCCCAAUCUAGUUUAAUGAAAACUUACAUGUCCCUGAAAACCAACAAUUUCUGCCAGGUAAAUUUUUCUGACUAGUAGAAUGUGAAAUGUAUGUAAACAUGAUCGAUUUUGUGGAAGGAACUCCUUGAGGCCAGUAUAUUUUUGUUGAGGGAAUUUAAAGGGGGAAUCAACUAUAAAUUGAAGCUGUGGAAAAAGUUAAGGCACUAUAAUCAGUUAUUCAAAAUUGAAAUGAACAAUCAUUUUUUUAUUCCAACUUACACUGACAUCUACUGCCAUAUGCAAGUUUGUUUGCCUUUUAUGACAGAAUGCUUUUCUGCAUAUAACAAGAAACCCCUGUUAAACAUGUUUAAACAGUUACCAAGCA